AUGAAGAAGAGGCGAAAGCGAACAACCUCCCCCGUCGCCAUUGCCGGUGAGGACCGAAUCUCAGCUUCGCCGGACGAAGUCCUCCACUGCAUCCUCCGCCGCUUAGAAUCCCACCGGCAAUCCGCACAGACCACCGCAAUCUCCAGCCGCUGGCGAAACCUCUGGCGCUCGUACCCAGUCGUGGAGGUGGACGCCGACUGGCAGACGAAGAACAGCUCCAUCCGGGCAAACAAGUACCUCGAGAAUUUCUGCGCUACCGCGAUCAAUAAGUUCUUCCAACACAAGGAAUUCUUCCGGAUCGAAACCCUCAAGGUCUCGAUUAGACUCGACGCCAGCGUCGGCAGCCGCUCCCCUAUUCUCCAACGGCUGCUGGAUCUGGCGUGGCAGAGGAAAGUCCAAGAGUUCGCCGUCAAGUUUGAGUGUGCGGACCUUCUCUCUUUGUUUUAUAGUUCUUCCCUUUUUAGAAAUCGAUCCGCCGCUAAAGCCGCACCCAUCAAUCCAUCGAUCAAUCUCCGACGGAAUAUGCUCUGGUGCAGCUACUGUCUCAGACUCUGCUCAACAAUGCGCCAAGGCGAUUUCAUGUAA